GCAGCCAGCCCGGCCUCGGUCCCUCCCGCAUCAGGGCUGCGGAGCCGUACAAACUCAUUGUCCAAGUUCCCUCUGCCCGGGCCAGCAGGCCCCUUCCCUAAGAGGGACUCAGCCCCGGAGGGGCAAGUGCCUGGUGCUCGCGGACCCCCUCUUGGUGGGCAGGGUGGGACCAGCAGGGAUAUCCUCAGAGUUCGGUUCUCUCCUCCGCACCCUGCACGAAACAGCCUGGGAUGGCCACCAGGUUCCCGACAGCUUCGUUUUCGAGGAGCUGUGGUCUGGCGCACAGAGUCGUUGGGCAGGAUGGCGGGGAAGGAGUUUAAGGAUUCAAAGCGGGAAGGAGCAGUGUUGUGAGAGGAGAGAGCCAGUGGACCCUCGGGACCGUGCAGGUGGUUCGAGGACUGAACCAGAGGGAGACUUAACAGCGAAUGCUGAACUCCUGAGCUGUUGGUACACCGGUGAUGUGUCUGGUCUUGAGAACACUGUUGGAAGAAGUAUCCAGGGACAGAGUGGGUUGUUGUCAUUCACCGAUAUAUCUAUGGAGUUCAGCUGGGAAGAGUGGCAGCUGCUUGAUUCUGUGCAGAAACACCUGUACCGGGAUGUGACUCUGGAAAACUAUAGUAACCUGGUGUCUGUAGGGUAUCAUGGUACCAAACCUGAUUUAAUCUUCAAGUUGGAGCAAGGAGAAGAGCCAUGGAUCAUAAACUUGGAAGUUUCCCAUCAGAGCUGUCCAGACGGUUGGGAAGAAUGGUACCAGAAAAAUCAUGAUGAAUUUGAAAGUGUUCAGAGAAGCCAUGCUUGUAAUGCAUUUGGAAAACUUCAUCUGAGCAAAACCCACAUUUCUUCAAGACAAAGACUCCUUAAAUAUAAAACACAUGGAAAAAGUUUGACACAAAACUUAGCUUCAGCCACAAGCUGUCUAAGAAAGAAUACUGAUCAAUUUCAUGGGUAUAAAGAAUCAUGUUUUAUUAAGCAUCAAAGAACUCAUAGUAUAGAAAAAAACUGUGUAUGUAAUGAAUGUGGGAAAGCUUUUCGUUGUAAAUCACAGCUCAUUGUACAUCUCAGAAUUCAUACAGGAGAGAGACCAUAUGAGUGCACUAAAUGUGAAAGAGCCUUUAGUGCCAAGUCAAACCUCAAUGCUCAUCAGAGAGUCCACACAGGAGAAAAGCCCUACUCCUGUAUCGACUGUGGGAAAGUCUUCUCUUUCAGGUCACAACUCAUUGUCCACCAGGAAAUUCACACAGGAGGGAAACCUUAUGGUUGCAGUGAAUGUGGGAAAGCCUACAGCUGGAAAUCACAACUGAUAUUACACCAGAGAAGCCAUACAGGAGUGAAACCAUAUGAAUGCAGUGAAUGUGGGAAAGCCUUUAGUUUGAAGUCACCAUUCGUUGUGCACCAGAGAACUCAUACGGGAGUGAAACCCCAUAAAUGCAGUGAAUGUGGGAAAGCCUUUAGGAGUAAGUCAUACCUCCUUGUUCACAUUAGGAUGCACACAGGAGAAAAGCCCUAUCAAUGCAGUGACUGUGGCAAAGCCUUCAAUAUGAAGACACAACUUGUUGUGCAUCAGGGAAUUCAUACAGGAAAUAAUCCUUACCAAUGCAGUGAAUGUGGGAAAGCCUUUGGCAGGAAGGAACAGCUCACUGCACAUCUGAGAGCUCAUGCAGGAGAGAAACCUUACGGAUGCAGUGAGUGUGGGAAGGCUUUCAGCAGCAAAUCAUACCUCGUUAUACACAGGCGAACACACACAGGAGAGAGACCCUAUGAAUGUAGUUUCUGUGAGAGAGCCUUUUGUGGGAAGUCACAGCUAAUUAUACAUCAAAGAACUCAUUCAACAGAGAAGCCCUAUGAAUGCAGCGAAUGUGAAAAAGCCUAUCCCCGGAAGGCAUCACUUCAGAUACACCAGAAAACUCAUUCAGGAGAAAAACCAUUUAAAUGCAGUGAGUGUGGGAAAGCAUUUACUCAGAAGUCAUCUCUCAGUGAACACCAAAGAGUUCAUACAGGAGAGAAACCAUGGAAAUGCUCUGAGUGUGGGAAAUCCUUCUGUUGGAAUUCAGGGCUUCGUAUACAUCGAAAAACUCACAAGUGAGAAAUCAGAAUAGAUUUGGAUGUACUCACAGAAGUUGAUCCUCAAGAGAAUUCAGAUGAUGAUAGAAGCAGGAUAUAUAAGCAGGAACGCCUAAAAAUACAUUCUAAUAAAAUUAGUCGUGGGGGAGGGACCAAUCAUAUUUGGAAUGAACAUGCAAAAGCUUUCAGAAAUAAGUCAUGCAAAUCUUUAUACACAGGAGAAUGAUUGAAGGAGUAAAGAGCAGUAAUGGUAUCAUAUACAGUAGCAUAAUUAUGAAGGUUUAAUUUGGGGAAUGCAUAUUAAGUCCAUAUGAAUUUAAUAAAUCAGGAAAGCACUUUUCCAUAGAAGAUGUGUUAAAAGGGGAGUCAUGUUCCAGAUUUGAUGCUGUUUUGGAGUGAAGAAAGUCCUUCUUGGUGGAGGAUAAAGUAGUUUUGUUUUGUUUUUUACUAUGUAACUAAUAGGAAAAUAGCAAAGAACAUAUUCUGAAGGUUCAGGGGCAUGGAGUGUGACUUUCCUGAGUAAUACUACAUAGCAUUUUUUAAAAUUUUGGUAUUUUAUUUUUAAAUGUAACUUGUUAUAUUUGAUAAUUUGUGGAAUAACGUUCUCCAAUAUUCUUUAUAUUAAAUGCUAAGUAUCAGUAUUGUCUCUUUAUUUCUUAGCAAUAUAACUAAAAUAAUGUGAAUUUUAAUAAAUGAAAGGAUUUUAUCUUAAUCCAAAUGAUUUUACUUAUUCAAUAAGUGGGCCUAUCCAUUAUUACAGGGCUGCUUUCCAAGAGCACUCAUGGUAGUGAAGAUUGAUUAUAUUUAGCAAUUCAGUGUCUGCUCCCUAUUGAUUGAUAAGACUGGCUUAGAAUUCUCUGGAGAAAUACUCCUCCUAUGUUGUGCACAUCCUUGUGGUGUAUCUCUCAGGGUGUCCUUCCCACCAGCCAUAGGUGAGCAUUCUGCCAUGGUUGAGUCAUGGUAAUCUCUUUUCCAGAAGUUUGAUUUUCUAAUUCAGUCUCACAUGAACCAGAAGGGAAGUAUCAGAAUUCAUUCUUGUCCCACAGUUUUACUAAGACCAUCAAUUAGUUCCUGCUAUUUCAGUUUCUCAGGAUAACUUUGGAUAUUCUGAACCUAGUUUUCUGGUGUUCUGUGUGCUUCCUCAUAUUUGCAAUAAAAAUAUUAUUUUCUGCU